AUGUCGAUACUGACUAACAAAACACAGCGUUUCCCUAUGAAUGGGGAAAUAUGACACUAUCGCAAUAUGGUACCGUAUCUGUCGCCAAUAAUUAUAGUCCCGAGUGCUAAUAUUAUGCAAACGCGUGUCGCGCAUUUAUAACGAGAAAAUCGAUUGAGCAACUUCGAAAGCAAACCAACAAAAAAGGUAGAAGUUUAGAACAAAAAAACAAAGAAAUUACUUACGAAACCUUAAGCAAUGAAGAACGGAUCAUCUUCAAAAAACUCGCUGUUCAAAAGCGAGAGACCGCGAGCUUACCGGUACAGUUACACAAGCGUGGCGUCACAGGCGGACGAACCAUACAGCAAGAUUGACAUGUCGUUUCCAGCACCGGAGUACAUCAAGACGUUUUUAAAUAAUAAACUGUCAAGAAACAGCCAGGAUUCCCCAAAUCUUCUGGACGACGAUGCAUUACAGAAAUCGACACUGGAAGAGGUGACGGUAUAUAAAGACGGUGACAACAAUAUUGAAGGAUUUGAAGUCACUAAAAGAGACAAUCAUAAUGGCCACAGUCACCAACGAACAAACUCGAAAGGUCAAAACGCAGAACUUGACCCUAAAACUCAUUUGAAUCUCAGUAGUGCAAGUAAAAAAGGGUAUGGUACUUCAGAAGAAAUUGAACUGAAUCAUCGAGAUGACAUGACCAAAUUCAGAAAAGGAAAAGCCCGAGCAAAAACGCAAGUGGGAGAAACUCAAAAAGGUGAUAGUUAUUAUCAACGUGAUGCCAAUGGUAACAACCACAAUCACAGCCAUCCUAACGAAAAGAGUGCCACAACUCAAGUCGGAUCCACUGAAUCGAUUGGAAACGAAGGAGAAUCCUCGAGUACCAGCGAAGAAUACGUCGUAAAACAUGAUCAUCAUGAUCAUUCCCACAGCUGUACAUCUGACGAGUCUGACGUUGAUUCGGAGCAUUGUCACGAGGACUCUGACGAAAAAGAGCAAACGGAAAAUCGGAAACGAAAGAAAGCACUUAAGAAACUUAUUAUUGCAACCAUUUUAAGCUUCUUAUUUAUGUGCGGAGAGAUUUUAGGUGGUUACCUCGCCAACAGUCUUGCAAUCAUGACAGACGCCAGUCAUCUUUUAACUGAUGUGAGCAGUUUUCUCGUCAGCAUAAUAGCUUUACAAAUGGCUGCAAAGCCUUCAUCAAAGAAUAUGACAUUUGGAUGGCAUAGAGCAGAGGUAAUCGGUGCUAUUACGAGCGUGUUGGCUAUCUGGGUUGUAACAGGAGUUCUCGUGUAUCUUGCCGUGAUGAGACUCAUCAAAAACGAAUAUGAAUUGGACGGAAAAACGAUGUUAAUAACAGCAGCAUGUGCAGUAGGCUUCAAUAUAAUAAUGGGCUUGGUAUUGCAUGAAAGCCACGGACACUCCCAUGGUCAUUCACACGGACAUAGCCAUGACCACAAACAUGAUGAUCAUAAACACGGAGAUUCACAUAAACACACAGGCCAUCAAGAGGACGAAGAAAGUGGCAAUGUUAACGUCAGAGCCGCAUUCAUUCACGUUCUGGGCGACCUUUUACAGAGUCUCGGGGUGCUUGUUGCAGCUUUCAUCAUAUAUUUUAAACCUGAAUACAAGAUCGCCGAUCCCAUUUGUACUUUCUUAUUUUCUGUCCUCGUUCUGGCAACAACAAUAACGAUCUUACGAGAUACUAUUGUUAUUUUAAUGGAAGGUACUCCAGCGGGUAUAAACUACGAAAAAGUGAAAGAAAAGCUUUUAGCAAUAGACGGAGUAAUAGCUGUUCAUGAUCUUCGAAUCUGGUCGUUAACUCUCAAUCAAUGCGUUAUGUCCUGUCACUUGGCAGUCGACAGGAACGUCCGUGCUGGAUCUAUUUUAAAACUUGCAACCAGAACAAUGAAAGCCUCAUAUAACUUCCAUUCAAUGACGAUACAAGUCGAAGCAUAUUCAUUAGACAUGGACGAUUGCAAGAAAUGUCAACCGACGCCCCAUAAAUAAUGACGUCACAGGAAUAGUUGAAAUAUUAAGUAUAAUACAAUCAUACUAUUGUAGAAUUGUUUGGUGCAAACCCAAUUUAUUGAUAUGUUAUACUUGGCCAAGCAUAGGUUUAUGAUCUCCUGUGCUUAGCUUGUCACCGAUAGGAAAAUAGGAUUGUUUUUAGCGUAUUGAGAUCGUACUUCAGUUUGUGUCGCUUGUCAUGACUCUCGUGCACAAAUCAUCUGGAUUGGCUGCAAAUAUUUUAUUUUAAUUUUCGUCUUGUGUCAUAUUUGAUAUCUUCAAUAAUUACAGGGUGAAAGCUUAUUAAUGCAUAUUUAUUUUUCAAGUCAAAUCAUAUCAAAUAUUUUCUCUGUAUAAACGGCCAUAUUUGGCAAUCAAUCACUGAAAGGCAGGGAGUGAGCAAUCACAUAUCCCGGUUAAAUGAUUCUGUGAUAUAUGUAGUGGCAUUCCGAUUGCCUUUGCCAAUCGGAUCAUGCAUAUGGCGAUCUGUAACACCAGUGCAUCCCUAAUUGUACUUAUCUCAUCCAAACAAUGCAUUGAAAAUCUACUGUAGAUUUUCAUAUCUGAUCAUCUCAGUUGUAGCAAAAUUGACUAUAAUAUUUCCAAUAUCUUCAGUUUCCAUUGCGUUCUGUAUCAUGAAGGAUGAAAUGGUAUAAGAAGAUAUUAAAUGUGCAGCAGUCUCUAUAUAUUUUUCUACUACGUCUAAAACUUUAUCAUUAUACUAUUCAUGUUGCAAUUGAACUUUGAACUCGAUAAUGAAUGAAGUUGAACUGUUUUAUUGCUCAAAUUUCACGAACAAAAAUCAUAAUUAUAUAAACCUCAUUUUGCUUUUUGAAAUUUAACUGCGAUUUAUUUGAUUCGGAAUGUUGAAUAGUUUUUUAACAAACUUUAUAAUAGAAUACAUAAGGUGCACCCUCACCGUUUGGUUAAAUUAAAUCGGGUGAUGUAAUUUUAAUUUCCGGUUAAGGUGCACUAUUAUUAUUUUUUAUUUAUAAUCAUUAUAAAAUGAAUAGUUAAAUUUAAUUAUCAUAAUAUUAAUAUUGUUUGUGUCAAUAAUGCACUUGUUUUUUGUCUGUUUUGGUCUAUUUAUUUUUUUUUCAUCAGACAUUUGCAACAAAUAAAUUGCGUAUCGGUAGAGGGUAAUUCAAAAAGUUUGUUUUUGUUUC